AUGCCUUCCGUACUCGGCCUCACUACCGAUCCCUCUCCGCACGGCCCCGGCGCCGAGGAGCGCCAGAAGAAGAAGAAGCCCCAGUUGCAGGGCGGCCAGGAUACCGACGGCAAGCAACUAGCUCGCCGCGAGCGCAAAGACUCGGCAUCUCAGUCUCCUCCCGGCGAAGAGAAGAAGAAGAAGAAGAAGGAGAAGAAGGAAAAGAAGGAGAAGCCCAAGCCCCGCCGUUACGACGACGACGACGAGGAGUCCGAGGAGGAGGGUCCCCUCAACACCAUCAAGAAGCGCAACCACGCCAAGGCCAUCGAGAUGGAGACGCUCCUCUGGGGUGCCCUCUGCCACAAGCCCAAGAGCGCGCUCAAGUACGUCGGCAAGGGCGCCAUCAUGUGCAACCCCCUGCUCUUCGGGGACGCGGAUGUCUACUCGGAGAGGUCGGAGCCGACCUUGAAAGAAGUGCUCAAGGAAUGCGACCGGUUCCUCAGCUUCAAGAUGCACAGGCCGCAUGUUGUUGAGAUUGGACUCAUGUCCAUGGCCAUCUGCUACGACAUCACGCUGUUCAGCCAGGCCGACGACGGCACCCUCGAGACGGAGGAGGCGACUGUGUCCACGAGCUGGAGACAGUGUGCCAGCGGCGAUUGGGAAAUGACGAGCUCCAUGGCUGGAUGGCAGGAUUAG